AUGACGAAGACCCGAUCUGUUUAUAUAGAAUCAGACAUCCGACCUCCUGAUCCCUCCAAAGUAUUGCAAUGCAUUCUUACCAGUGUUGAGAUGGCUCUGCUAGACUGUUCAUCUGUCCAAUUGAUUUUCUCUAGGCCAUUGUUACAGGGAGUCACGUUUAGAAAGAGACCCUCACGACCAACGGUAAUUCGCUUUCCUGGAAAGAAGGAGUGCUGGAAGUUUAGUACUGUGACAACAAGGCGAGACUUGUAUUACAAAGAUGUUGCCUUGUUUCGUAACCAGGCUACCAUCGACGCCUUAAUCGAGCAACUAUGUGACUCCCUGGGGGUUAAAGGCUCCGAUCUAGGUGUAUUCCCUUCACAGAAAGGGCUUAUAUUUGGGUCAAUCUCGAUCAUCUAUAAAAACUUGGUGGGAAAAGAAUGCUGCUAUCAGUUGAGUUCAUCUGAAAAGUCUCAACUGACUCCCAAUUGGUUUUCCAAUGACGUUGAAAUACUUAGCGUCCGUAUUCCUCCAACAAUCAGAUGCGUAAUAGUUUUGGAGAAGGAUGCCGUGUUCAAAAGAUUAUGCGAAUCUUCCUGGGCACAAGAUCAGUAUAUCUUGGUUACAGGGAAAGGUUAUCCAGAUCACCUAACAAGGCAGUUCCUGGACUUAAUGAUGAAGCACACAUCGUUGAAGGUAUAUGGGUUCUUUGAUAGCGACAUUUACGGGCUCUUGAUUGCCAAUACUUACAAGUAUGGCACUUCUCAAGAUUUGAACAAGAUGUUACUAGAGAAGAACCGGUUACAAUGGGCAGGCGUAGAAAUUUUGGAUUAUACUCAGGGCCAUCAGCCUGUUAGGCCAAAAGAAAUCCAGCUCAUGACAAGUUUGAACCAUCGAUUGGGGGAUCGCAUUAAAUUACUCACCAAACAUCGAGAGUAUGUCGAUACAUGUAGAACCCACUCAAAUACAGAGCAAGAUUUUGAUAUACAUUUCAGGUUUUUAUACAAGUUGAGAAGAGAAAUACAAAUCAGCCACUAUUUUCACUAUAAAUGUGAAAUGAACGUUCUCCAGGAUAAUCUUCAAUCAAUUGAGAACUAUAUCCAUCAAAAAAUCGCUAGCUUAUAA